GUGUUUCUUCCUCCGCCGGCGUGUGCAGAAAACCCCGAGGUGAGAUUCCUCCUUACUGACACAGUGACGUGGCGUGAGACCGGAAGUGGAGUGAGACCGGAAGUGGAGUGAGACCGGAAGUGGAGUGAGACCGGAAGUGGAGUGAGACAGGAUGGAUCUCAGGCUGUUGCUGCUGUGCGUUGCGAUUUGUGUGGCUCACACCUCCACUAAACCCAUGGAGAAGAAGGACCGAGUCCAUCACGACGCUCCUCUCAGCGACAAGGAACAUGACGAUGAGGAGAACUUCGAGUACGACCACGAAGCCUUCCUCGGCCAGGAGGAGGCCAAAACCUUCGACCAGCUCACACCAGAAGAGAGCAAAGAGAGACUCGGUAAAAUCGUUGAGAGGAUCGAUGAAGAUCACGACGGCUUCGUGACGGUGGACGAGAUGAAGAACUGGAUUAAACACGCUCAGAAGCGCUGGAUUUAUGAAGAUGUGGACCGACAGUGGCAGGCUCACGACCUCGAUUCAGAUGGACACGUGUCCUGGGAGGAGUACAAGAACGCUACAUACGGCUAUGUCCUCGAUGAGUCGGACCCCGAGGACGGGUUUAACUACAAGCAGAUGAUGAGCAGAGAUGAGCGUCGCUUUAAAAUUGCGGAUAAAGAUGGAGACAUGCGGGCGAAUCGUGAGGAGUUCACAGCGUUCCUCCACCCUGAGGAGUACGGAUACAUGCAGGACAUCGUGGUUCUGGAGACCAUGGAGGACAUCGACAAAAAUGGAGACGGGUUUAUUGACCUGGAGGAGUACAUCGGUGAUAUGUACAGUCAGGACGGAGACUCCACAGAACCCGAGUGGGUGAGGACGGAGCGAGAGCAGUUCACGGAGUUCAGAGAUAAAAAUAAAGAUGGACGGAUGGAUAAGGAGGAGACGAAAGACUGGAUUCUGCCAUCAGACUACGAUCACGCCGAGGCCGAGGCCAAACAUCUGCUCUACGAAUCAGACACAGAUAAAGACGGACGUCUCACGAAGCAGGAGAUCGUGGAUAAAUACGACCUCUUCGUCGGGAGUCAAGCGACGGAUUUCGGAGAAGCUUUAGUAAGACACGACGAGUUUUAAUCCCCAAACCUCUGCACACGAAGGAAAGUGAAAUGGACUGUAAUUUAUUUCCUUAUUCCCCGUAAACGAUCUCAAUCAUGCAAACUUCCAGAACUGAGAGUUAUGUACAGUUACAGUUUUCUAGUUUGUUUUGUUUGGAAAAGGAAAUAUUCAGUGAUGAAUUUAAUUCAUUUUUACAUUGGAUGUUUUAAGUUUAUCCCUUAGAUAGAUGCCUUGAUGCGGAAGUGUGUGUGUGUGUGUGUGUGUGUGUGUGUGUGUGUGUUAAUGCACUGAACACUUAAAGUAUUCCGAAAUCAUGUUGUAUAAAGGUUUAAUUUGGAGUGUUCAGGCCUCUCCAGCGGCGUGGGGAGGAUUUGGCUGUACCCCGGAGUCCUGUACCCCGCGUCUCUGGCGUGCGGAAAUGAAAUAAAGGAUGGUUUCUGUAGGAAUCUACGGAACAUCCACUAACUCUGUCACUACACGUAAUGGUGCUUGUUAAGAGAACUGUUCACAACCUCAGCAUUAACCACUGCGUACAUUUUACUAACUUUUAGGUUGAAGCAGAUUUAUUGUUUUAAGUCCUUCAUAAUUGUGCUAUAAUGCAUUAUAAUGAGGCACUGAUGCUUUUUUUUUUUUGCCUCAUCACUACACGCUCUUCCUCUGAAUCAUGAUGAACACAAAUGUCAAAACAUUUCCUUUUUUUUAGUGCCUUUUUUAUUUUAUUUUAUUUUUGUUCCCGUUUUCAGUCAGAACAUGUUCAGUAUUUCCUGAGCUUCCGUUUUCCUUACCAGUUUUUCUGAAGAUGACUGAAAUAAGAUGUUCCGUCCAGGUGUGAAGCUUAUCUGUACAUACCUGUACCCAUAUGUUUAAAUUGUAAACUUGUAUGCAGUGAAUUGUGAUGGUGUAAAUACAGCACGCGAGCUGCACCCGAGAGACUUUUCACAAUAAAAUAUAGGAAAAAAACCCA